AUGACUGAGUUAUCUCUUGAAUUCGACAGACUGUGUAAUGAAUUAGGCUUAUCGGUUCCGGAUCCUAACACAGUUGUACAUAAAACAGAGUGUUUAUACAGUAUCGAUAAUGAAUAUUCUGUCAACGGAAUCUAUGUAAAUUUACUGACAUACCAAUCCUUUGGGAAGGAAAUGCUCAAAUUUGAUCCAAUAUACCCCAAUUGUAUAUAUUUGAACAUAACAAAAAGAUUAAUUCCCUACAAAGAGGAGGAAAAUGAAGUGAACACUAAUGAAGAAUCAACACACGAGGAAGGUGUAGUUUUUAAGGAAAAGAAAUCCUAUGAUGAAAGUGUUGAAUAUAAAGUCUACUCGCCACAGUUAGGCUCGAUAGCGCUGGACCAAACAUUUGGCCAACUAUUAAACAUUUGCAAUUCAAUAAUUGGACAUGCCGGAUAUGAAUUCAAAAAUAACGAACUUUCUUUUUCAGAUAUUUUACAAGUAAAAGAUUACACAAUAGAAAGUAAACAUAGUAAGGAUUUAUACCAAGUUGAGAAUCCAAAACAAAUAAACUAUGAAAAUGUGAAGUGUGAAAAGUGCAAUUCCACAACGAAUUUGUGGUUAAACCUAUCCGACGGAUACGUUGGGUGUGGAAGAAAGAACUAUAACAGCGGGGGUUGCCAAGAUGGUACAGAAGGAGCAGCAAUACUUCAUUAUCAAGAAACAGGAUCCAAAUAUCACUUGGCAGUAAAAAUUGGAACUAUAACACCAACAUCAGCUGAUGUGUAUAGUUACUCACAGGAUGAAGAUAAUUUAGUAAUUGACCCAUUGUUAGAAAAACAUUUGAAACACUUUGGAAUCAAUAUGAAUGAUUUGAAAAAAACGGAAAAAACACUCUUGCAACUUGAAAUCGAAGACAAUAAAAAUUAUAAUUGGCUAACAGAUACAGAUGGCUCAUCAUUAAUACAUUUAGAACCAAGAUUGAUUGGGAUAUUGAAUUUGGGGAACAACUGUUACCUCAACAGUGUCUUGCAGCUUUUAAAUAAUGUAAACGAGAUGAACGCAUUUUUUAUUAAUUAUUACAAAGUUAACUUCGAGAAUAGAUUUGAAAAUGUUAAUUUAUUUCUACUCCAGUAUGCCAAGAUCUGCACAUGCAUCAAUACCACGGUUUUUAUUAACAAGUGCAAUUACAUUCUUGAGCACUACAAAAAAUUAAAACUGGCUGAAUCCAACAACUCGAGCGACGAAGAUGUGAGUGAUAUACUAACACAUAACUGUUUUUACAUUAACCCAAACCUUUUCAAAUACACACUGGGAAUGAAUAGUAAUGUGUUCAAUAAUAACGAACAACAAGACGCAGAAGAGUUCUUGAGUUAUUUCAUAAAUUAUCUGUUCGACAAUGUUAAGGAAGUCAAAUCACUAUUCAACAUUGAGCUAAAACAAAUCAUAAUCUGUAACGAGUUAAAGUUGAUUAACGUAAACAAGAUACAAACACACAUUUUGCCGCUUGAACUGAUUAACGUGAUCAACACUAAGCAUCUGAGUAAUCCACUAUCAAAUGUGGAUACAAAUGAGAUAGAAAUCGAUAUAAACGAAUGUUUAUCGGGAUGGUACAACGGUGCAAUGGUAGAUUACAUAAAUAACGGAAAGGUCCACAAGGCUAAUUUGUAUAACAACCUAACGAAUUCACCCACUUAUUUGUUCGUUAAGCUGAACCGUUUUUACAUGGACAAAAAUGUCCCGAAGAAGUUACUCAACAAAGUCUCAGUUACUGGAGAACAUUUGCAAUUGAAUUUGAAUAACCUUAACUUGAAGGAAUUUGGAGAUUACAAACUCUCAGGCUCAGAGAAUAAUAAAGGAUUUUACGAAAACUUGAAGUUGCUAGGUUUCUAUGGAAACUCGGUGGAUAAAGUCGUAAAUUAUUACGAAAACUUAAAUCAAAGCCAAGAACAUGACGGGGACCAUGAGAGAACAACAGUCUCUUACAACCUGAUUGGAUUCAUAACACACAUUGGAAGUAACGUCAACUCAGGACAUUACAUUUGUCACCUAAAGAAGGAUAACGAAUGGUACGCUUUCAAUGAUACCAGAAUUAGCAAGUCCACUAAUCCUCCAAUACAUAAUGGAUACAUUUAUCUAUUUCAAAAGUCAUAA